AUGGCUACGGUCAAAGAAAUUAUUCCAGUUGAAGAACAUAUUUCAACAAUUUAUAAACGUAGUUUAAAUUCACCUCGAGGUUUAGCAACGUUAAAUGAUACUAGAUCAUCAUUCAAUAGCAUAUUUUUGAUUAAACAUUAUCUAAAUCAUUUUAAACGAAUAUUGAUUUCAACGCUAUUUGUCAUCAUAUCUAUAACAAUUGGUGUAGUAAUUGUUAUUUAUAAUAUAUAUAAACCACCAAAUCCGAUCUGUUUAUUUACAUUUAAAACGAUCAUAACGAAUUCUGAUAGUAUAAAUUCUCGUCCGAUAUCAAUUGUUUUUGGCGAUUUUAAUAAUGACAAAAUAUUAGAUGUUAUUGCAAGCAACUCUGCUAUUAAUAAUAUUGGAAUAUUUAUCGGAGAUGGCAUUGGUGGGUUUAUGAGCCCAUAUUUUCAUUCAAUGGAAACUAGUAGUUAUCCACGUUCUCUAGCCGUUAGCGAUUUUAACAAAGACAACCAUUUAGAUGUUGUCGUUGCCAAUUUUUAUAGUCACACUCUAGACAUUUUGCUUGGUAAUGGUCAUGGAAAUUUUACCAAGCAUGUAUCUUAUUUUACAGGAGUAGCACAACCAUUCUAUGUUACCGUAAGUGACAUCAAUCAUGAUAAUCAUUCAGACAUUAUUGUAAUCAAUUAUGGAACUAAUACAUUAGAUAUAUAUCUUGGAACGAAUAAUGUUAAUUUUGAAAGAUCAAUUAGUUAUUCCACAGGUUAUGAUUCUAUCCCAUAUUAUGUUGUCAUUGUUGAUUUAAAUGAUGAUACAUGGCUCGAUAUUAUCGUUGCUAAUCAUGGUACUAAUACAAUUGGAAUCUUUUUUGGAUAUGGUAAUGGAAAUUUUUCCAAUCAAAUUAUCUUUUCUACUUAUCCUGAAUUGCAUCCAUAUUCUCUUGUUGUUGCUGAUUUUAAUAAUGAUAAAUAUUUAGAUAUUAUAGUAGCCUAUUUCGAUACAAACAAUAUCGGUAUUUUCCUUGGCAAUAAAGAUGGAACAUUUAAAAAUAAUGAUUUAAUUCCUGUUGGUGUUAAUGGACCUAUACAUAUGGUUAUGAGUGAUUUUAAUAAUGAUGCCGAAUUGGACAUUGCUGUCUCAUUAUCAAACAAUAAUAUGAUAAAAAUUUUCCUUGGUUUUGGUAAUGGAAGUUUUAGAAAUUCCAAUUCUUAUAUGACUGGAUAUGAAUCAUAUCCAUUUUCAAUUAUUGUAGAAGAUUUUAAUAGAGAUAAUCGAUCGGAUUUACUUGUUGUUAAUAAUGGUACAAACAAUAUUGGUGUAUUUCUUGGAUAUGAUCCUGGUGCUUUUCAAAAUCAAAUUACAUAUGAAACAGAUUUAAAUCCAAGAUCCAUUGCUCUUGCUGAUUUUAAUAAUGACACUUAUCUUGAUUUUGUCAUUGCAAAUUAUAAAUCACAUAAUGUUGGAGUAUUUCUUGGAUUAGGUGAUGGAAAUUUUACUAAACAAAUUACAUAUUCAUCAGGUACACUGUCUGGUCCAUAUUCUGUUGCUGUCAAUGACAUGAAUAAUGAUAAUCAAUUAGAUAUUGUUACUGCUAAUUUUGAUAGUAGUACAAUGGGAAUUCUAUUUAAUCGUGGUAAUACAAUAUUUGCUAAUGCAACAACAUACUCAACGGGUACAAAUACUGGUACAUCUUCAGUAGUUAUUGGUAAUUUAAAUAAUGAUCAAUGGUUAGAUAUUGCUGUUACAAAUUAUUAUGGAGACAAUAUUGGAAUAUUUUUUGGAUUAGGGUAUGAAAUAUUUUCUAACCAAAUAUCAUAUUCAACAGGAAUAUUUUCUGGUCCAAUUGCGAUCAAUGUUGGUGAUUUUGAUAAUGAUAAAAAUGUUGAUAUUGUUGUUGCCAAUUCUGUUGUUAAUACUGCGGGAAUUUUUUAUGGAUUCGGUAAUGGAACAUUUACUCAACAAAUAGAAUAUUCAACAGGAUUUUUUGCGCGACCGUAUUCAAUUGCUGUCAAUGAUUUAAAUAAAGAUGGCCUAUUAGAUAUUGUCGUUGCUAAUCGUCAUAGUGAUGCUGUUGGUAUAUUAUUUGGAAUAGGUAAUAGAAAAUUUGCUACUGUAGUUACAUACAAAACAGGUUCAUAUUAUACUCCAUAUUCAGUGGAUAUUGGUGAUUUUAAUAAUGAUGAUUGUUUCGAUAUUGUAGCUGCUAAUCGUGAUGUUAGUAAGAUAAGUAUUUUUCUUGGAUUAGGUAAUGGAACAUUCCACGAUCAAAUUAUAUAUUCGCUUCCAGAUGAUUCUCGUCCAUCAUGUGUUAUUACAGGAGAUUUGAAUAACGAUCAUCGAUCAGAUCUUAUAAUAGCCAAUACAAAUAAAAAUAAUGCUGGUAUAUAUCUAAGUUAUGAUAAUGGAGCUUUAAUGGAUCAAAGAGUAUAUUCAACAGGAUCUGCUGCUCGUCCAAUGUCAGUUGCUGUGGGAGAUUUUGAUAAUGAUAAAAGACCUGAUGUUGCUGUUGCUAAUUUUGGUACAAAUACUAUUGAUAUACGAACUCAAUCAAAUACAGGAAAUUUUGAAAAUCAAAGAAUAUAUUCUACUGGUUCAAAUUCAAAUCCAAUUUCAAUCGCUACAGGUCAUUUUAAUAAAGAUAAUUGGUUAGAUAUCGUUGUCGCAAAUUAUGCUAGUAGUACGAUUGAUAUAUUUCUUGGAUUUGGUAAUCGAACAUUUUCAAAUCAAUUUACAUAUUCUACAGGUACUAAUGCUUUUCCUUUAUCAGUAACUGUUGCUGAUUUAAAUCAUGAUAAUCUAUCAGACAUCGUUGUUGCAAAUUCUAAUGUAAAUUAUAUUGGUGUGUUUCUUGCUGAUACAUAUACAUUAUUGAAAAAUCCAAUUAUGUAUUCAACAGGAUCAAUUACAGGACCAUAUUUUAUUAAUGCUGCCGAUUUUAAUCAUGAUAAUUACACAGAUAUUGUUGCUGCUAAUUAUGUUACAAAUAAUAUUGGAAUCUUUUUUGGUACGGAGAAUGGAACAUUUACUAAUCUAACAAACUACUCUACAGGUUCUAUUCCGCGAUCAAUUGCUAUUGGUGAUUUAAAUAACGAUAAUCAUUUAGAUAUUGUCGUUUCUAAUUCGGGUUCGGAUAGUAUUGGAAUUUUAUUUGGAUAUAGUAAUGGAAGUUUUGCUCAACAGAUGGUCUAUUCAACAGGCAUUAGUUCUAAUCCAUAUUUUGUAGUUUUAAAUGACUUAAACAACGAUGAACGACUUGAUAUUGUAGUUGCUAAUAAUGGUAUGGGAAGUUUUGGAAUCUUUUUUGGAUUAGGUAACGGAACAUUUACUAAUCAAAUAGUUUAUUCAAUGGAUUUUUCCUCUAAACCAUAUUCUAUAGCAAUUGGUGAUUUGAAUAAUGAUAAUUACUCAGAUAUUGUUGUAGCUAAUUAUGGUGAUGUAACAAUUGCAAUUUUUUUAGGAUUAGGAAAUGGAACAUUUACUUCUCCUAUUACAUAUAAAACAGGAACAAAUUAUGGUCCAUGUUUUGUUACUUUAAAUUAUUUUAAUAAUGACAAAUAUUUGGAUAUUGCUAUUGCUAAUUAUGAUGAUAGUAAUAUCGGAAUCUUUCUUGGAUUUGGUAAUGGAACAUUUAGUAAUCAAGCAAAAUACUCAACAGGUGCUGGCACAUGUCCGUAUGCAGUUUUAGCUGGUGAUUUCAAUAAUGAUUAUCAAAUAGACCUUGCUGCUGUUACCUAUUAUGGUAAUACAAUUGAUAUUUUUCUGGGAUUUGGUAAUGGAAUUUUUGGAGAAAAAGUAUCUUAUUGGAUUCGUGAUGGUUCUUUAGCACUAUCUUUAAUUCUGGCUGAUUUUAAUAAUGAUAAACUUCUCGAUGUAGCUGUUGCCAAUAGUGGUACAUCUGAUAUAAGUAUAUUUUUAGGAUAUUGUUGCGAACCUUUUCGAAAUCAAAUAACAUAUGACACUGGAGAUAGUUCUUAUCCACAUUCGACAAUUCUUAGUGAUUUGAACAAUGAUUAUAAUUUUGAUAUUAUUGUUGCAAAUUAUGGCACUAACAAUAUUGGUAUACUGUUUGGAUUGACUAAUGGAUCAUUUGAAGAACAAAAAACUUAUUUAAUUACGUCGGAUUAUUUUCCUCAUGCAAUUGCUAGUGCUGAUUUGAAUAAUGAUGGAUGGCAGGAUAUAAUCAUUGCUGGUCAUAAUACGAAUUUGAUUAUUGUAUUUUUAGGUAUUGGUAAUGGAUAUUUUACUAGUUAUACAUCCUAUUCAAUUGGUAUUAGUGUUCAUAUGUCGGCUGUAGUUAUAGGUGAUUUAAAUAAAGACAAUAAAUUGGAUAUAAUUGUUAGCAAUGAUGGAACUAAUAAUAUUGCCAUACUAUAUGGGUAUCAAAAUGGUACAUUUAGUUCUGUCGAUGUAUAUUCAACAGGCUACGGAUCUUUACCAAGUGCACUUGCUACUAGUGAUUUAAAUAAUGAUACACAAUUAGACAUUCUUAUACCUCAUCAAGGAAAAAAUACUGUUGAAAUUUUUUCAAAAUUUUGUUAA